AUGAAUGCCCCUUAUGUGGAGGACAUCACUCAUUCUCAGCGUGUUCCAAGGGGAAGCUCCGUAGGACUCAGCGACAAAGGGGUGGCAGUGGCUCCUUCUCUGCUGUGGGAAAAGGGUCCCAGCCCACUAAAGCUGAAGGUUCUUGAAGCUUCGUUACAGUGGUAUCGCAAGAGGGAAGGUGGUCUUUAUUUGUUGGAAGCUUUGUUGCUUGCAUUCUUUGGGGCUCUCUGGGUUAGUGAACUGGCUGCUCUGUCUAAGACUGACCAGUCUUGCAAAGCUUUGCAGGUGUGGGACUUUCAGUUCAUCAGCAAAGAGUCACAUGUAACAAUCAGGCGCUCUAAGACUGACCAGCGAGGUAAAGGAUCGGUGGUCAGGUGUUCUGGAUUGUCAGUCAUGGUAGGAAACCAAACUGAUGAAUGCUUCUUUUGGCUCCUUGGCCUUUCCAAUGAUCUUCAGAUCCAGAUUCUCCUCUUUGUCCUAUUCUUGUUAAUUUAUCUGUUAACUGUAGUGGCAAAUGCUAUGAUCAUGCUGGCUGUAAAAUCAAACCCUAAUCUCCAGAACCCCAUGUACGUCUUCUUGAGUCAUCUCUCUUUCCUUGAUGUCUGUUACUCAUCGGUCACAGUCCCAAAGAUGCUGGAGACCACCAUUGCCAAAGAGAAGACUAUAUCUGUCAGGGGAUGCUUUGCUCAGGCAUUCUUUAUUUUGUUUUCAGUCACUACAGAGGGUUUCAUUCUCUCAUCAAUGGCUUAUGACAGGUACUGUGCCAUAUGCAAACCACUGCAUUACAUGAACAUCAUGAAUAUAGCAUUCAGCUGUAAGCUAGUGGUUACUUCAUGGACAAUUGGAUUCUUGAAUGCACUUGCAAACACCUUGCCACUUUUACGGUUAGAAUUCUGUCGGUCAAAUAUCAUAAAACACUUCAUCUGUGAGCUCCCUUCCAUCCUUCCUUUGUCCUGUUCUGACACAUUCAUGAACAAAAUGUUGUUCUUCAUGGCUGGAGGCACAGUUGGUGUAGUCACCGUUUCCCUCAUUGUGGUCUCCUACAUUCAUAUCAUUUCUACCAUCCUGAGAAUCAGCUCCACAGAGGGGAGGCAGAAAGCUUUCUCUACCUGCAGCUCCCACCUCAGUGUAGUGAUUCUUUUCUAUGGGACAGGUUACUUCCGCUAUCUUAGACCAAGCUCAGCAUCAUCUGUGGUUUGGGAUGAAAUACUUUCCAUACAAUACAGCAUCCUCACACCAUUACUAAACCCCAUCAUCUACAGCUUACCAAACAAGGAGAUGAAGGCAUCAUUUAAGAAGAUGUUAAAAUGGUGA